CUAAAAUGAGAGAAUUAUGACGUAGCUGACACAUUGUUUAUUCUUGGAGUUCUCUGACUUUCUCUCUCCUUCUCUGGUUCUCGUCUUCUUCUCACUCCCCUCUUUAUUCGAAUAUAUUAUCCAAUUCUCUUCUCAUUUUGGAGUUUCAGCUACCCAGUUUGAUGCUUCGUGUGACACACUUACUAUUGAUCUUGCAAAGGGAUAAGAAGGAGCACACUCACAUUAAUGAUGGCAUGUAAAGACUACAGUAAUGUUGCACUCAUCGAGCCUCAUCAGUUGGCUAGAAACUUACACUCGAGGGAAGAUUAUGUCUUAUUAGACUGCAGGCCAGUCCUGGCUUAUAACAAUUGUCAUAUUAGUGGAGCUGUCAAUGUUAACUUUACAGGACUAAUGAAGAAGAGAUUUAUAGCUGGUAAGAUAGGCCUGGCCGAUCUUGUCACGACAGAAGAGGGCCGGGAGAGGUUUCGUAAAAGCGUUUCCUCUCCUACUGUUGUGUACGACGAAGACACAAAAGAUGUAAAGCUCCUUGGGUCAUCGACAUCGAUCUCACUAGUACUAGCUGCACUCACCACAAUGGGAAGAAACAUGUUUGUAUUGCAAGGUGGUUUGAAUGCAUUUGGUCCAUUGCACCCUAGCUUAUGUGAAAUGGCUGUCCCUGUCCCUCACUUUCGUAAUUCUCUCCCUCCUCCACCAAGAGCAUCAACACCAGGUAUGAGAGAUCAAGCAUUGGACUGGCACACUGCACCUCCAGUCAAUGUCCUCUCUUUUCUUGUAUUGGGGAGUGAGAAGGAUGCUAGAAGCAAACUGGUAUUUGAUUGGUUUAAUAUCACGUACGUCCUUAACGUCACCCCUACCUGUCCCAAUAAUUUUGAAGGAGCUGGCGUGGUUUACAAGAGAAUACCAGUCAGUGACACAGGGACUCAGAAACUAUCCAAUAAGUUUACAGAAGCAUUUGAAUAUAUUGAGGAAAUCAGGAAGAAGAAUGGUGUGGUCCUCAUACAUUGCAUGGCAGGUAUAUCCCGCUCUGUCACACUCACUAUAGCUUACCUAAUGGCACACUUUGGUAUGUCAAUGCAAGACGCUUAUCAAUUCGUGAAGGACAAGCGACCAGCAAUAUCACCAAACCUCAACUUCAUGGGACAGCUUGUUGAAUUUGAGAGAGAACUCCAAAAGAACCCGUCACCCACGACCCUCGACAUAAAGCUUUUUGGGCCGAGCGAAGAGCAGAGAAAAAAAUCAGUGAAACUGAUGGAGACUAUUAUUCGUACCAAUAGCUUCACUAACCUACCACCUCCUGGUGAGUCUUCACCGAGAUCAAAGGAAGAAGGUGGGAAUACAGAGAACAGUGCAACCACUGCUGGGCCUACACCAUCAACCAGUCAGACUCCAUUUGUACUUAAACCCCUCUCUUCCUCAAAGAGCAAGAGGACUAAGAAGUACAGGGAGAGUCUGGAAGUGCAGCAAGAGGUUGCAGAGAGUGUUGCUCAAUCGUCUGGCAGGAGUAACAAUAACAAUACAGUUACUAAUAGUAAUGGCGAUACUGUAACAAGUAAUAGUGUACCAGCCCCUACCUCUGAUCUCUCUUCCAAUAUCUCUUCUUUACACAUUUCUUCAAACCAGCAUUCAUCUUCCCAUCCAUUUCCAUCAAAUAAAGAAGACACCACGUCUGCUAGCACUGGAGGGCUGCCCACUAAAGGUGAGCUUACGGUUAAAGGUGAAAAGGCUAGUUUGCACGAAAGGUCAGUUACUCCGCCAAAUCGUUGCUCUCCAGAGAAAAUGGAGGACAAGUCACCGAGUCCAGUAGUGUCGUGAUUUCACAAAACGAAAAAGAACAACUCUUAUGUUAGAUUGUAUGUCCAUUUACACAGCAAGUAUUUACAAUCAUUUAUUCUGUUCUGUCUCGUUUUCUUGUUGAUUUGCCUUUUUUUGUUUUAAUUGACUAAUCUUUUGCAUUUAUUUCAUUUAGAUCUAGCUUAACAUAUAAAAAGCAGGUCAACCAUUCACUAA